GAAAAUCAACAAAUAGCUCAACACUACAACUGUAAAAAAUAACAGACUAAUUAAGUUUAAUUGGAAGGAAUGAAGUUUAUUUUAACAAGAGUCGAUUUUCCAAAAAGAUGUACUGCAAAAAGAAAAUGAUCAUAUCACAACCAAAGAUAAAGCAUGUGAGAAAUUAAACAUGAUGAAAAUUAGUUCUCUGGUAUUUAGCAGACUUUUACACACUGAUUUACCACUUAUUGUUCGACAUACCAAAGUGAAACUUUAUUCAACAUUAUAUAUCGGAAUAGGUUAUAAAAGCAUUGCAUUUAGAAACUUGUUACAGUAUACAUGUAGGAGGGCAUCUGGAAUCUCAGACAGGGGAAAUGAACAAAUUGUAUCAGGAAAGGAUACACAAGACAAAUCUAAAGAUACAACAAAUGAUGGUAGCGAGAACAGUUCUGAAAUUGUAGAAAAUGUGAAAGACGACAUUGCUCAAGCAACAAAAAGGUCUAAAACUACAAAAUUAUUGCCAGAGAAAACAGCUUUGCCUGAUGAGAGUAUUAUCAAUUCAGAAACAACAAAAACAAAGAAGGCAAGAACUUCAAAGAAAAGUGCUGCUGACACUAUAGUCAGUAUAGAAGAAGAGAAGAAGGAGAAAAAAGUGAGAAAGAAAAAGGAAUCAUUAACUGACAAUGAAGAUCUUUCAGGGAUAGAUACAAAUGUAAAAAAUCUUUUGGAAACUCACAAAUUAAGGCGUAUAGCUGGACAUACAUGUGUUAUCAUUAACUGUCUAAAAUGUUCAGUGAUAAUGAAACCAGUCGUUAGUGAUGCCAUAUAUGUCAAUAAAACUACAGGGUAUUUUUCAUGUUUUACAUGUAAAAAGCAUGGUCCUUUGACUUCACUACAGGAAAACUUUGAAACCUUGAUAAAGACAAAAGGUGCAAAGAAGAACUUUGUGUGUUUUAAUGACAAAGAUACAAACAAUAUAUAUGAUUGGUCUAUACACAAUGAACAAGCAGAGGAAGCUCUAAGUAAAGGUCAACCAAUGAAGAAAUUCAAAAUAGAGGAAUUCAAACAGAUUGUAGAAAUACUUGGAUUUGAAAAUAUCCAGAAGUCCACACUGGAAAAGCAGAAUAUUACCUAUGACAAAGAAAGACAUGGUUUAUUGAUUCCGUUCCUGAGUCCUGAUGGAGUUCUAAUGGACUGUAAAUGUUUGACACCAUACUUUGAUGAAGAUGGAGAAUUUAAUGGUUUAUCUUAUUCCUUUACUAAUGGAUCAGGUCAGAGUUCAUUAUUUGGAUGGAGAAAAGAAGAUGAGGAGAAGAAACAGUUGAUUUUAACAAAGACAGAAAAGGAUGCCCUUGUGUUGCAGCAGACGACCUCAGACUAUGCGGUAUUAUCUCUCCCUAGGGAAUCAAAUCUACCGCAGGAGGUACUGCCAUAUUUAGAAAAAUUUGAAAGUAUUAUCCUGUGGUUUGGCGAUGAUAUUCAUUCCUGGGAAUAUACAAUCAAGUUUGCCAGGAAACUUGGGGAGAACAGAUGCUUGGUUUUCAGACCUGGUGAUGAAUGUUCCACUCCUCAUGAAAUAUUGAAAAAUAAUUUGAGUAUAUCCCAUACUUUGUCAAAAGCUAAACCAAUGAAAAAUGACCACCUGACUUCCUUUGAGGAUUUGAGGUCAGAGGUCAAGGCUCAGAUUGCUCAACAAGAACUAGUAUCUGGUGUUCAAUGGAGGCGUUUUGGUCAGUUUAACAAUAUAUUGAAAGGCUUGCGUCCAGGGGAACUAACUGUCAUGUCUGGGAGAACUGGAAGUGGUAAAACAACGUUCAUGAGUGAAUACUCACUUGAUCUCUGUAUGCAAGGGGUUAGCACACUUUGGGGCAGCUUUGAGGUGAAUAAUACAAGACUUGCUAAAACAAUGUUAAUUCAAUAUGCUAAGAAGAAACUCUCUCCAGAAAAUUUGAAUGAAUUUGAUCAGUUUGCAGAUGAAUUCCAAAAAUUACCAAUGCACUUUAUGACAUUUUUUGGUCAGAAUGAAAUCAAGAAAGUUAUAGAUACCAUGGCACAUGCUGUGUAUAUUCAUGAUACCCAGCAUAUUAUAGUUGACAAUUUACAGUUUAUGAUGGGAAGUGACAUGGAUGUUUCUGAUAAGUUUUCCAAACAGAACUUGGUGUACGCUGCCUUCAGAAGAUUUGCAUCAGAACACAAUGUUCACUUAACAUUAGUCAUUCAUCCCAGGAAGGAAAAUGAAGAUACAGAAUUAACAACAGCAUCAAUAUUUGGGAGUGCCAAGGCAACCCAGGAGGCAGACAAUGUCAUCCUCUUACAGACCACUAAAACAAAACGAGGAGGCAAAAAAUAUAUAGAGGUUACUAAAAAUAGAUUUGAUGGAGAAUUGGGAAACAUAUCACUGAAAUUUGACCCAGAGGACUUGACAUUGUCAAAUGCUGGAAAAAAGGAGAAAAAAUCAUCAGAAAAACAAAUAUCUGACAAAAAGACAGAGUAUGAAGAUUUUAGUGACGAAUAUGAAGAUGAAGAGGAAGAAAAACAGAAAGAAUUUAUCAUGUGAUAAAUGUGAUAUUGUUAAGCAGAAAAACUUAAGAUGGUCAAAGUGAUGUUUUGGAUAAAAAGAAAAAAAAAAGAGGGACCAGUCUCAUUCUGUCAAGGAGUUAGUCCACAUUGAAGCUUUGUUAUUUGUUGAUAAAGUAAUAGGCAAAAGUAUUAGGAUUUAUAAACAAUUUUGUAGUACCUGUGAAAAAAGGCAACUACAUGCUUUUUGUAAGGUUAAAUUAAAAUAUUGUAUAAUGAAGACAAAAAGUAACGGUCGUCAUCAUCGAUUUCAAACAAAAUCUUUGAAACUCUAAGUUCAUGUCAAACACUCACAUGAUACCAAACGGACUAAGACUUUAUAUAAUACGGGAAAGAUAAAAACCCAAGGAAUUUGGUAAAAAAGUUUUAGCAGGAAAUACAAGUAUAAGAUUUAUGGUAGGAAAGAAAAAAUAAAAUAAAAACUACCUGGUUAAUACAAAUAAAAGAUUUUCAGGCAGAAAGAAUUUAUAGGGUCAGUGGGGAAAGGGCAAAUAAAGAAUAUUUUAAUUAAAGCCAUACAAUCAAAUGGUUGCCGAAUUGACUUAGGUACAGAGAAUAUGUGACAUCUAUAGAAGCUACAGGUGAAAAUACAUGUCUACUCCUUAUGUUAUUACAGAUGCAAAAUAUUGUCCAUGUGACUUAGGAAUAGAGAAGCAGAUUACAAUAUCUUGCCAUCUGUUAUUAAAGCCAUUGUGUUCAGAUCAGUUCAAGGGUACAAUUGUAUAUAUUAUGUAUUGAAAGUUUAUUGAUUUGUAAUUUUUAAGAAUAUUACUGAUGCAUAGUACAUAAGGUCAGAUGUGUAUUAUAAUUUUAUAUAGAAUUUGCAUGUUUUGUACUAAUGGUAUUCAAACAGUUUUUCUGUCAAUUAUGUAAAUUUUCGAUUGAAAUGUUAUAAGGUUAACCUUGUACCUGCCAAGAUUGUAAUCUCCAUAUAGAUAUUUUGUGUUCCGGUAACAAUUCUUUUAAGAGUUACAAUUUUCGUUUUAUUUUUGGAUAUAUAUCUUUUAUCUCCAAAAAUACCAAUAUUGUCAUAGCUCUUUUUUAUGCUCCCCACUUUUAAAGCAGGGGAAAUAUUGUUCAGGAAAGUCUGUGACUGGUCUUCUUGUUCAUUUGUUUGUCCUGUUUUACUUUUGCAUACAUUACUGUUCCUAAGCCACCAAAGAUAUUUUUUUGAAUUUUUUACAGAAUCUUACUCAUACCUGCCAACUGUCAUUAUUUUCAGGGGAUUUCCCCCAUGGCGAUAGAUACCAAAAUGGAAAUUUUGAAAGAACAAUUUAGUCCACAAUUUUAAACAAAACAAUUAAUUUUACAAUGGCUAUAGGCUUUUUAAAGUAUGAAGAAGCCAAAAAACAACAUUAAAAUGCACUUGAAGGCCCCAUUGAAGGUUUUGUAGGACUGUAAGAACAAUUUUGCACGUAAAACCACCAUGGGCAUUUUGAAAAGUUGGCAGGUAUGUAGCCCUACUCCCUUGAUAUAUUUGCAUGCACUUAAGCAACAUCUAUUUCAAUUAUUCAUCCUAAUGCAUGGAACAUGGACUUUCUCAUAUCUGCACUAUUUUGUAAACAUUUAUAUCUACUAACCCUCCUAAACCCCUUACUAUAAAUUAUUAAGAAUUUCUGAGAAUAACACCAUUUAAUUAUUUAAUGCUUUACUUAUUUUGAUUUCUGGUUGAAUUAUUUUGGGGUUUUUACCUUGCCAAAUCAUGAACCUUCCCAAUCAUGAACCUUGCCAAUGCUUUAUUUGGGGGUAUUCAUUUUGUAUCCUUGAUACCUCAUAAACCUAUUAUUACAACUUAUUGAAGCUUUUGCAAAAUUUAAACUUCAUUAUUAUUUUAUAUGUACUUAAAUUUUAUUAUACCUUGCUAUCUAAAACUCAUGCAAGUUACAAGGGACAAGGGGUAUCAUUCUUUUAAGUUUCCCUACAGCGCCUUUGAUUUCUUGUGGUGUUAUGAAUAUGAAAUUAUAAUCCUUCCUUUCUUUCUUUCUUUUUUACACUGAAAGAUUAUUGUACUUUUUUAUGUUUAAAAAUAUUAUGAAAUACCAGCAUGAUCUUUUUGUGCAAGUGAUAACUGACUGUUUAGCUUUUCCUUGUGGGCGAAUCAAACUUUUUGUUACAUUUUUUUUAGUUGAACUUUUGACCGAUGAAAUUAUAUUAGUCAGGAACCUUGGUACCGAUGUCAAUGACAGUCAUUAUUUAAUAGACAUUCAUGUCUUA